AUAAAUUUGAGAGAAGCUGGUUGUAUAAGCCAGUGUAAUACAGGUAAAAGCAGAUGUGAACAAGGAAUUAUCCAUAAGACAAUAUUAACAACAUCAGUAAAUAAGACUUAUUGUGACGUUGCAGUAGGAAAAUAAACUCGCAUAUACGCUCGCACCUCCACAAUCUUAUAUUCAUAUAUAUAUAAAAAAGAAAGAACUCGUUAAUACUUCAUUAAUAACUAUGAGGUUUGUAGAUACAGGAUGCAUUUUAAUGAUGCUAUUAUACAUGUAUUCAGCAGAAGGAGUUAAUUUCAAACGGUUUGAUGUCGCCAAAGUUAUAGAAACAUCUGGAAAUGACAAUACAGAUGAUGAAUUUGAUGGUAUCGUAGUGAAUCAAAAGUUAGCGUGGGGUCAAGAAGACGACGGACAAAACUAUAGGGACAAGUUAAGCAAUUAUCGAAACUCAAAGAAAUUCGAAAAUGGUGAAUAUAAUGUAGAAAAAGAACAGCUGGUAGAGGUGGAAACGGAAAACCAUCGGAGUAAAAGAGAUGUCGGAAAGAUGGCGGUCGAAGAAGGAAAAGAACUCACUGAUAAAAAGAUAGAGGAAAACAGAAAAGCGAGUAAUGGUAAAAACGUAAAAGACAAGAAAAGAGGCAAUGAGGGAGAAGAAAACGAAAAGGCUGAAGAUGUCAAUGAAAAUGGAGGGUUAAGAGAAAACAAGAAAAAUUAUGUGGACAGCAAAUUUGGUGAUCAGGGUAAUAUGAUGGACGGCGAUAUUGAUCAAGAUGGAAUGACAGAAACGCAUGGGCAAAAUAUAAAGCAUCAAGUACCAGAAUUGACGGAUGCAACAGCAAAUAGUGUCCCACAUGUAAAUGCUUAUCAUUUCUUAAUGCAGUUCGGUUAUAUAGAUAACUCUCCGUAUUCUCCACUUUCAUUAACCAAUCCUACGACUGAAGCUCUCAAGAAGUUCCAGGAAUUCGCAAACUUGAAUGUGACCGGUGAAUUUAAUACCGAGACCAUUAAACAGAUGAGUUCUCCAAGGUGUGGUGUGCCUGAUAUGUUCAACGGGAAAACUGUAUUCAAUUUUCAAAUUAAUCAUAAUUACAAAUGGCGGAAAAACAACAUAUCCUAUAAAAUUGUGAAUACUGUUAAAUCGUUGAACUUUAGCACCACAAGAGCGACAAUCAAAGAAGCAUUCGACACGUGGGAAACAGCGUCAGUCUUAAGAUUUCAUGAAAUCACAAACGGCAACGCAGACAUUGUAAUUUCUUUUAAUUAUGGCCAACACGGUGACAGUUGGCCUUUCGAUGGUGCUGGUGGUGUACUGGCACAUGCUUUCAUGCCUACCAACGGCGACGUACACUUUGAUGAAAGUGAAGACUGGUCAGUUAAUUCUUCUAAAGGUAAAAGUCUCCUAUACGUCGCUGUACAUGAGUUCGGACACUCCCUUGGACUAUAUCAUUCCAAAGACGUAAACGCAAUUAUGUUUCCUUAUUACAAAAUGCCCAAAGUUGGCGAAAAGCUAAAACUCGGAUUAGAUGACAUAAAAGGAGUACAAGCUCUAUAUGGAACACCAAAAUCUACAACUACUGUAAAAACAACAAAGAUGACUACUACCUCACCAACUACACCACCUACUACUCGUGCUACUACUCGUGCUACUACUCGACCUACUACACCACCACAGACAACAUCGGUUAAAGAAACGGCAAGUAAGACUUUUGCACCGACAACUUCAAAGCCGACGCGUAAGACAACACUGCAAUAUUUUACCACUACACCUAGCAAUGAGGGCGACGAAGUUAAAUUUCCAUGUCCGUUCAGAUACAAAGCAGUUAUGUACAGUAAGUUUCUUAAUUCAUCAAUUUUAAAAAUUAAGAUCAAAUAUCAAAUUCAUUUGUACUGUAUUAGUUAUAUCAGGAUGAAUUGUAUUGAAGCAGUAUUCGAAUUGAAAAAAAAUGAAUGAAUAUAUUAUAGAUUA